CAUUUGGUGUGACGUCCGGGGUCGCACAUAGACUCGGCAGUUGCCAUGGAGUCGGCUCAUUCCCCCUUGCCAUCCGUGCUGUGCUCGGUGCUCUCGGUUAAGAGGCAAAACUGCGAGGUGACUCUGGACCCCGGGCUCUCUCUGCUCUCCUGGAGAGAACUGAGGCCCCGGCGGGGGAAAGACCGGAGCCGACCCGGAAUCUGCUUGACAAGAGUGUUCCACCAAGCAAGAGGCCUAGUAAACGGUUUCACUCAUCAGUUCCCUUCAGGUGGUGUUACUAUCCCAGUGACUGAGAUUGUUUCAGUAGGGGAAGAAGAGAUUGAUGAGAAAUACUACAACAGUAUGAAAUGGCAGCAUAUGUGCAAGCCUCAUGCAUUUACAGUACGUUAUGUUCAGAGAGCGAGGAAGCACCGCUGGCGGUGCAAGGAGGUGACAUUUUGGUGCAAUGAUGAGCAACUUUUUUAUCAGUGGUUACAAGCACUUAAUGAUUUACUUGAGCAGCAGACUCAUAGACCAAAGUACUUGCUAGUUUAUAUCAAUCCUUAUGGUGGAAAGAAAAGAGGCAAACAGAUAUAUGAGACUAAAGUGGCUCCAUUAUUCAGUGCUGCUGGCAUUUGUGCUGAUGUCAUAGUUACUGAGUAUGCAAACCAUGCUAGAGAUAACCUAUAUGAAGUCAACCUGGAAAAAUAUGAUGGUGUUGUUUGUGUUGGUGGGGAUGGAAUUUUCAGUGAAGUUCUGCAUGGUCUCAUUGGCAGAGUGCAGAAGGGUUCUGAUGUAGACCACAACAAUCCCAAUGCACAUUUAUCUCAGUGUAACAUUAGGAUUGGCAUUAUCCCUGCUGGUUCAACAGACUGUAUAUGCUAUGCUACUGUUGGUAUUAAUGACCCAGAGACGUCCGCUUUGCACAUCAUUCUCGGUGACUGCCAGCCUCUCGAUGUAUGCUCUGUACACAACAAAAGGACAUUUCUGAAGUAUUCAGUUUCGUUAUUGGGAUAUGGUUUCUAUGGAGAUGUAUUAAAGGGCACUGAAAAAAAUCGUUGGUUAGGUCCUGCUAGAUAUGACGUUUCAGGGUGCAAGACAUUUCUGACUCACCAUUGCUAUGAGGGGUCAGUCUCAUUCCAGCCAGCAAAGUGGGUUCUGGGAUCACCAAGAGACCAAACACCUUGCACAUCUGGGUGCUACAUUUGCAGGCAAAGUAGCAAGCAACUAGAAGAGCAGCAAAAAACACAGGCUUUUGGAUCAGAACACAGAGGUAAACAAGAUGAUGACUGGACAACAAUCAAAGGAAGAUUCAUGGCAAUCAAUGCUGUCAGUAUGAGUUGUGCAUGUCCACGAACCCCCAAAGGUCUGUCACCAGCAGCUCACCUGGCCGAUGGAAGUGCAGAUCUCAUUUUAGUUAGAAAGUGCUCAAGACUUGAUUUUUUAAGGCACCUUAUCAGGCACACAAGCAAUAAAGACCAGUUCGACUUUCCAUUUGUUGAAGUGUAUAGAGUAA